AUGAAUGAAGCGGUCCCACCUUCUGUCGGACAGAAAGAGCCCACUCUUAUCAGACCUCCAGAGCUCGACCAAUCAGAGCGCAGCCAGAGACGGCCAUGUGGAAAGAGCCAAAGAGGUGUCCAUCUGAAGAGAUGUUUUCCAAAUCUGGUUUACGGACCUCUGGGUUUGGUGCCGAAAGGGAACCGUGUCUCUCCGAACGGGGCCCCGGAAAACCAGUUUCCUCAACUAAGGAACAGGAAUGUCGCUGCACCUCAGUCAGUUGUUAUGACUGCAGCUCCUCUCAUGUGCCACACUGGAUCUCAGCCUGUGAUGUCAUCUACCCCUCUGUUCACUAAGGGCGUCAGUUCUACACUGUGGAGUCCAGCGAUGAACUCCAGAUCCAGACCGGGAAUUCUGCGGCGGGCCGUGUUCUCCGAGGAACAGAGGAAAGAACUGGAGAGAACCUUCCGCAGACAGAAAUAUAUAAGCAAGACAGAUCGCAACAGACUGGCGACAGAGCUCCAUCUCAAAGAGACACAGGUGAAGAUCUGGUUCCAGAACCGCCGAAUGAAAUGGAGGAACUGUAGAGAGAAGGCGAGCACGUAUACGCCACCAGCGAUUGAGCGACUGACGGUCUGGAGCGAAUCAGAACCGGUGGACGCACAGAAGAACUCCAGCACAGAUGACACACACUCACCUGUCCACAGCCGGACCAGAGACACCGGACCAGAGCAAACAUAA